UUACUUUUGUUUUGACUUCAUGUUAUUGUCUCUUUAAAAAUUGGCAAUCAACUGAUUGUCAUAUUAUUAGUGUUCCAUUGUUGUAAUUAAAGCUAUCGUUUGAUAUUUAUAAUCACUUUAGGUUUAUGUCUGACUGUUUUUAGAAAAUUUUACGGAACUGGACAUCUGUAGAUCCAAAACCAAAAGCAGGCCCAUUUACAAUCCUCCAGGUCUACACAGAUUUAUAGAGGAGCAUAAUUUGGAAAUGUCAAACAAAUAUGACUAAAUUGGAGGAACAACUAUUACUUUAUCGGGCUGCUCAGCGUGAACGAAAAGAGAAAGCGGAGCAGGAAGCCAAAGCAAUUGAAGAUGCUCGAAGGUCUGAAGAAAUAAAGAAACAAAAGGAAAAAGAAAAAGAGGAAGGAGAAAAGUCGAACCAACAAAGAUCCUUGUUUAACUUUUUAUUACCCACUCCACCACCAUCAGUUGCUCCGCAGCCUCGUCCACAGGUGCUUAGGCCUGAACCUCGUAUAGCAUAUUUUCGAGACGGAGAUGAAGAUGAAGAUGGAAUGUACGUAGAUUAUCUUGAGGAUGAACUUGAUUUCGACUAUGGUUAUUUAGAUGGUUAUGAAGAAGAAACAGGAUGGACAAAGAAAGAUAUCAUUUUAGCUCUGAUCAAAUUCUCAGUUUAUGCUUUUCUUCAAUACAUGGCCUUUAAGGCAGAAUGGGGAGCUGUUUUUUUUACCGUUUCACUUCUUUACUUUAUUUACUACAACACACGAACUCGGCAAAGAAUGAUCGGUGAACCCAGUGCUUACUCUGUUUUCAAUGAUGGCUGUGAACCGAUUGAUGGUGCUAUGGAUGCUGAUAGGAUGGUCAAUCAACUCACUCUGGGUCAAAUGGUUUUAUGAAUUCCAAUAUAAAUCUUCUAAUGUAUUGUUUCUUGGAUGGUGGAAUCGAAUGAUUCUCUUCCAGAUUGUUUGAUUAUUCCUAUUCAUUACAAAAAUGUUUAUCAUGGAGUUUGACUUCUGUAAUGUGAUGAGAAUUUUUAUGUAUAAAUUAUUUCACUGUUUGGAAUAUUUCUUAGAUUUUGUCGUCUGUUUUUGUUUCUUGCUUGAUAGGUAAUAACAAUAAUAAUUUUACUACUGCAUUUAAA